AUGCAACUCGGCAUUCAUCAGCUUCGGGUCGCUUUGCUUCUGGUCGUCAACUGCUAUGGAACGAGGGACUUCCUUGAAGGGUUCGGUUCGCCCCAGGAACUUCCGGCGGCGGUGGACCACGACUUCGCGCACAGUGGCAAUCCGCAACAUAACCUCAACAGCCCAAAACUUCCCGAGCAAACCCAUUCACAAGACGCCCUUGCUGACCCCGCAAGACGUGAUGGCUUUAUCUUGGAUCUGAACCAGGAGCCUCUGAGGGUCGAGGAGACUGCCGACCUAAGCUCACGUCGCGGACUCGAUGGUCCCUCUAAAGAAGGCAGCCGCUACUCGCAAAGACCUCAUCUUGAGUUCUACCCGCUGGAUGAUGAUAUUGCAAUCCAAAGUAAUCCUGCUGGAACUGUGCGUCCCAGUGUGCCACUCGGAAGGGAUCCACGACCGAUUCGGAACUUUGAUAUAAACCUGAAGCGGAAGAGCUCCAAUGAAUUACCCACCAGUUCACGCGCCAAAUUCACUUUUUCCAGUCAUCCUCCUAUCCCUUACAAUCAGCAUGAAGCUGGGCCUUACGAAAUAGCCAGGACAACGAUAUUUGAAAGUUCUUUGCUGUCAAAUUCGUUUCUCCCGGAUAGCGUCAUCGCCCAUGUCAACCCGUCCAGACCGACUCUCUACCUCCCAGGCUUCAACAUUCCAUAUAUUAAUAAUCAAUUAAUAGCUCGAGAGAGAACAUAUUACCCAGCAACAUUGGAUUUCCACAGUACACUGUUUGCUGUUGCCGAUUCCUCCUCAAAACAAUCAUUCAUCCGUCAAGAGAUUCUCAAUCUCAUCAAGAUCUUAGAAAAGGAAGGGGGGCCAAAAGGGAAAUUGGUGAUGACCGAGGCUCAAUUCCUCGAAUAUCACCAUAUCGUCGGCGGCAGAUGCAAACACUUGACAUUCGUCAUUCCAAACAGAAAACCUGAUCGAGAACUUGAGGAUGAGGACACUCAAGCGCAACUCUUCCUAGCAUCUCAUAAUGCAGUUUGGUCGGACCGAUCCGCGUGGUAUACACAUUGGUCGAAAAUGGCAAACUUCGAUUGGGAUAUGUCGGACGACGUGAUCAAGAAGCUCGAACCGCAUUACGUUACCAAGACGCAAUCGCAUGCGAUUGCAAGCACGUGUUUCGUAUACUUGCUCUAUGUUGAGAUGAUCAGCGUCAUCGUUCCAAACCUCACCGAGGAAGGCAACGUGGGUUCAGAGCUGGCCAGUGCAUUCAAACUGUUCGAAGAACUGUCUUCUCAAUUCAGGACCAACCAGUUGAAAGACAAUCGGAGCCUUUGGAGGAGAUGGAUGAAGUUCCAUGAGCAGUUGAAUAAGAAGGGCAGCGGGAGAUCCGCGGCCGUUUGGAGCGUCUUGGAACUCUGGAUGGAAAAAUCCCGCCCGCAAUUUAUUCAUAAUCUGAGACGCAAACAGGUCUCUAUCGAGUAUACCAAGACUUUCUUCAAUAGGAUCUUCGUCCACUCAGUUGAAGCACUCACCCAGCAAAUCAAACAGUCAUCGGUCCAUCAAAAUCAGAGGUUCUGAUAACUUAAUUAUGU